UGCGAGGUGCUUGCUGGGAGGAGGAUGAUGACCAUGAACGGCAAGCAGCAUUUCUCCAUGCACCCGGCUCUUCACGAGCCCAAGUAUCCCGGCGGCACUCAGGCCGAGGGCAUGCGCAGAGUCUGUCUGCCCGCCCCGCAGCUGCAGGGCAAUAUAUUCGGAGGCUUUGAUGAGAGCCUGCUGGCACGGGCAGAGGCUCUGGCGGCUGCUGACAGCAUUGUCUCUCACGGCAAGAGUCACCCAUUCAAACCAGACGUGACUUACCAUACCAUGAGCAGUGUCCCCUGCACCUCAGCCUCCUCUUCUUCCUCCACCACCGUGCCCAUCUCCCACGUCCCCUCCACCAUCGCCUCCCACCAUCACCACCACCACCACCAUCUCGGACAGACCCUGGAGGCCGGGGACCUCCUGGAUCACCUCUCCACCAGCCUGGCCGUGACCGGGAUGGGUGCUCCGGAGCCUCCCGGGAUGACCACGGCGGCGCACCACCACCAACACCCUCACCACCACCUGCAGACCAUGGGGCAGCUGCACCAGGCGAUGGCCAAUAUGGCUCACCCUCACUCUCUGUCAGUGCACGGCGGCAUGGCGUGCGUCAACGACGUGGAGUCGGAUCCAAGGGAGCUGGAAGCCUUCGCCGAGCGCUUCAAGCAGAGGAGGAUCAAACUCGGGGUGACCCAGGCGGACGUCGGGUCAGCGCUGGCCAACCUCAAGAUCCCUGGAGUGGGGUCCUUGAGCCAAAGCACCAUCUGCAGGUUCGAGUCCCUCACCUUGUCCCACAACAACAUGAUAGCGCUCAAGCCGGUUCUCCAGGCCUGGCUGGAGGAAGCAGAGGCUGCGUACCGGGAGAAAAGCAACAAGCCGGACCUUUUCAACGGGAACGAGAGGAAAAGAAAGCGCACCUCCAUCGCCGCGCCGGAGAAGCGCUCUUUGGAGGCUUACUUUGCCAUCCAGCCUCGACCCUCCUCGGAAAAAAUUGCGGCCAUCGCCGAAAAACUGGACCUGAAAAAGAAUGUGGUUCGAGUGUGGUUUUGCAACCAGCGGCAAAAACAGAAACGAAUGAAAUACUCUGCGGUGCACUGAGUUUUCACACAUCAUGAAUAAAAUAGCCUACUACAUUUUUGAUCGAGUGAUUAAUAAUAGCCUAAGUAGCCUAACUAACAGGGAUUUAUCGACAGCUCUUCACGUCUCCAUCUGGGAUUAUCUCCAAAAAGAUUUUCAUUUUCGUGUCACUCACUCUUCGUUGUUGCACUUUUUUCCUCCCCCUGACUUUGCUCUUAAUGUGGGACUUAUAAAUGAUGUGUUAUAGAUCUGUGAGGGGGCUGAUUUUGAUGUUGUUGAUCAUGUAUGUUGCACACACACUAAAUGUGAACUCUCAGUAAAUCCACCCUGACAGUUUGUCACAUUCAGGGAUAUUAACUCACCUUUUUCUUUAAACAUGAACUGGAGUUUGGAGGCGACUUUUAUGGGCUGUCAGAUGUGUGAAACUGACUGAGAAAAGAAAAGAGAAUUCAUUUAUUGUUUGAUUUAUUUGAUUUAUUUUUUUUGUAAUGUCUGAAAUCAGAGUUUUAUCCUCCAGAUCACUGGCUCACAUGUGCAGAAAUACACCACCAACUUUAAGUGUUUUCACAUCUUUUUAAAAAUAAGGAGUUUAAAAAAAAAACAUCCCCACAUUUUUAAACCUUUUUUUUUUUUUUGCCCUCCUCGUGACCUGCGUGAUAGUCCUUUUACGCACAAGUACGAGUAAUUACCGUGCUUCUUUUCACAAGGUGUAAACACACUGAGUCUGAUUUUAUCUUGAAUUAUUAAAAAAAAAAAA